GCGGCUUAUAAUGGAGGCUAGCGAGAAGCAAUUAAAGGUCAAAGGUCAUUGAACCGUUCGAUCGACCAUAAGAAAAUUCAUAUUUGGCAAGCCAUGGCGUGUGUGUAUUAGCGUUGUGCGAGGACUCCAUGAUGGCAGAAUUGAGGUUGGACUUGUCAAAAAUUGACAGUGAUUUGGAAGCACAAUAUGAUGACCAGGACGAUAUACCCGAUGAUGACGAGGAGUGUGUGGAAGACCUGGACCCGCUAGUGGACAACCUCUCUCCUGAUGACCUCCUCUCUCCUCUAGAGAAACUUCAGAAGUACUUCCAAAGCGAUGAUGUUGGGGAAAGGGACAUAGCUCUGAGGAUCAUACCUGAUGCAGUCCAGUGCGUGAGCAGCUUUGCAGAGUUUGAUCUCCUAUUAGACGUUGUGUUUGCCCUGGCCUCCGACUAUGAGCCUUGUAUUCGUAUCAACGUGCUGGCCAACCUCUCACCUUUGCUGGAGCGCAACGCUGCCCUACGAGGUGAUGGGGCUGAGUUUGCCCCAGAGAAUGAGGAGAGAUUGUUUGGGAUACCAGUCAAGAUGCUCGUGGACAUCAACCUGCAGGUACGCAGGGCUAGCCAGAACUUUGUAGUGAGUCUACUGGAGGACGAGAGAGGCAACAAAGGUAAUCUGCUGAGUCAGCUGUGCCCGAUGAUCAAGCGCUGCCUUGGCAAGGACGAGAACUAUGACCUCAGAAUGGACACUGUCCUGAUGCUUGGGCGUAUUGCUGGUAUCCUUGGUCGGGAGUUGAUUGUGGAGCACUUUGUUCCCCUCCUUCCCUCUCUGGCACUGGACACCAUGUUCCAUGUACGCAAGGCCUACGUCAUGAGUUGCAGGGAGCUGUGUCCUGUACUGGGAGAGGACGAUGCAGAGGAACAUCUGCUGCCGCUAUUCUUUAAGCUGUGUAAGGACGAGGUGUGGGGAGUGCGUAAGGCGUGUGCCGAUGUGUUCACUGAUGUGUCUGCCUCGUGUAACCUUGGUACCCGUCACGACAAGCUCACUCCAGUCUAUCUCAGCCUACUGCACGAUGACUCAAGAUGGGUCCGCAAGGCUGCAUUUCAGUCGCUGGGUGCUUUUAUCUCCACCUUCUAUGUUCCCGGGACUUCCCCUGACCUAGACGAUAGCCUACCCCCUCUCAGUGACUCGUUCCUAGACACUGAACAACUAUCCACUAGUAGUACAGGGCAAUCGACCUCUGACCCCUCCACCAUCACCAGUACCGGGGGAUCGACCUCUGACCCCACCACCAGUACCGAGCAAUCGACUUCUGACUCCUCGACCACAAGCAGUAUCGGGAAAUCAACCUCUGACCCCUCCACUAGCAGCAGUACUGAGCAAUCAACCUCUGACCCCACCACCAGUACUGGGCAAUCGACCUCUGACCCCUCCAUAGAGACACGACACACAGAGUCCACACCGCCAGUGGUAGACGUUAAUUCAAAUUCCGAGGAAUCAAAAGAGGUUGUGUUUGUUCCUAGUGAGAUAGCGCGCACUAGUAGCCAAGAAUCUCUCGAGAAGUCACUGCAAGACAUGACAGUAGAGGAUUUAGAACUGCUUGAAAGUACCCCCCUCGAUAAAGGUCACGACCUUUGUGCUGACGAGAGCACCCCCCUCGAUAAAGGUCAUGAUCUCUGUGCUGAGGAAAGCGAGGAGAACGACAUUCUAGACAGUGCCAUAAAGAAGAUAGGUGUACAGUCACCUUUGACCCUUGACGAGCCGCUAGUCAUACACCCACCACCAAUCAAAUCAGUCAAACUAGACGGAGAAGAGGAGGCAGCAAAUAAUAAAACUGACAACUCCAAGAGAGAUGAUAUGCACACACAAUCUGACAAUAAUGGAAACAGAGGUCCAGCAGGGCAGACCCCCCGCCCUGAUUACACCAGACCCCCCGGGGAGAUAUCCAAACACAGCCGAUUGGCUGAGCUACUACAAGACGACAGUGCUCGGAUACGAAGCAGCUCUGAAGGGUCGUCAUUCAAGUCGUACUUUGACCCCGUGUUACGCGGUGAGAUGGGUAGUACCUCUAAGAAGAGGAGGUGGUCCCUCGACAAGAACAACACCACCUCUCAGGUUCGUGUGUUCAUUCACUCUGUGUCUGGGAAGGUGAUGGAACAGGAUAUGUCUGUAGUUGACCACGCCCCCUUAUCACCAGACACACCCACUGACCUCACACACAACGCCACGACAACCAACUCUGUUGCCAUGGAUAUCACACUGGAGGGUAUGGACAGCUUGCCCUCUGACCUCAACAUGUUCUCAGACCUCGGUCAGGAGGUGGUCCCUGAUGAGCUGAUGGAGAGCUACCUGAGCAUGACAGAGCAGGUGAAGGCCCAGGUGGUGGACACUGACCUACCCUACUACUGUGCCUACUCUCUGCCUGGUGUGGCCCUCACUCUAGGUCAUGAGUACUGGGACAUUGUCAGACCAACCUUCUCACUGCUGGCCUCUGACAUGCAGUGGCGCAUCCGUCGAGUGCUGUCCUUCUGUCUGCACGAGCUGGCCAAGGUGGUGGGAGAGGAGCGGAUGGUGGGAGACAUACUGCCAGUGUUUGAGGAAUACUGCACCAAGGACAUUGAUGAUGUGAAGAUAGGAGCUCUCUCCCAUCUGGCCGAGUUCUUCGAGUUGCUGCCCACUGGUCUGCGUAGCCGUCACCUCCCAGCAGUGUUGCACGGUCUGCAAGAUAUGGAGAAUGAAAAGAACUGGCGAUAUAGGAACCUCCUAGCAGAACAACUGGUGCUGCUCUGUGACCUGUUUGACUGUGACUAUCUGGAACGCCACGUUUAUCCUGUUGCAUUAGCACUGGCCGAGGACAAGGUCGCAGAGGUCAGAGCCACGGCAACACUUGUGCUGGGUGUGAUCCUCCAGAAGCUGUCACAGAUGGAUCUAAACAAGUGCAGGGCUAUUCUCAAUCAGCUCAAGUCUUAUGGCUCCAAUGAUAAGUGGCUCUACAGGUUAAUGUAUGUGAAACAGUGUGAGACGUUCCUAUUGGACGGACGGAUAUCAUGUGAGCUGUUUGCCAGCGAGUGUCUCCCCAUUCUCCUCCAGCUAGCCAGGGACAAAGUUCCCAAUGUCAGAAUAGCAGUGGCUAGGAUGAUCAAGGAGUCAGUGCUCAAAAUAGAUUACUUCCAGACGGAGAACAAAGAGACCUUCUCCCUGGAGGAGCUGCAGAUCACACUGGAGUGUCUCCAACACGACCAGGACAGGGACGUCAAGUUCUUUGCUGGGGGAGAGGUCAGCGACACCAGGAGGCUGAUGAUGCUCCCUGUGCAGUGGUAUGCUCAGAGGCAGCGUUCUGAGUCCCACAACAGCAACGACCAAUAUCAGGACGCACUGGAGGACCAAUCAGAUAACAAGCCACGCCCACUUUCCCUCACAAUGGCCGGGGUUCUCGCUAUGUCUUUUCAGAAUCAUAAAAAGUCACCAACUACAAACUAUGGAAGUUUGGAUGCUCCCAAAAUUCAAGACACCACCGUCAAAUCUGAAGAAAGGUCUCAGGAUACUACUGUAGAAUCUCAGGAUACUGCUAUGGAAACUCAGGAUACUAUGACAGAGCCCGAUACUACGACAGAGCACGAUACUACUAUCGAACCCACUGUAGAGCCUCAGGAUACUACUAUGGAAUCUCAGGAUACUACUGUGGAGCCUCAGGAUACUACUGUGGAAUCUCAGGAUACUACUGUGGAGCCUCAGGAUACUACUGUGGAGCCUCAGGAUACUACUGUGGAAUCUCAGGAUACUACUGUGAAAUCUCAGGAUACUACUGUGGAGCCUCAGGAUACUACUGUUGAAAUCACUGUGGAUUGUAGAGACAAUUUCGAAGCUGUCGCUAAUAGUAACUAUGCAACAACAAUGGAUGGGACACAACUCGUGGACAACAAUAAUUUAGCAACAAAUCAAAAUACUAGUCUGGAUAAUAGUGAAGAGCGAGUGUGAGAGGCUCUACUCUUCUAGCAUCAGUGAAUCAAUGCAAGCAGCUCUCUAUAGUGUUCUCUAUAGUGGUGGACCUCUUUAGCUUUAAACACACACACACACACUCUAGGUAUGUCUUUGCACGUAUACAAUUGUUAUUGUUGGCUAUUUUGAAGUUUAUAAUUAUAUUUAUGCUUCUGUGUUUUUAAUGAAGCUAAAAGAAA